CUUGGAGUCCACAGCAUCCACCGCCGGAGCCUCGCCUUCCUUUCUCCGUCUGCAGACAAAUCGAGACACAAAAAGAGGCAACCCCGGGCCAGUGCAAGGGACCUAUUCCCAUCAUGACCGAGACCACAAAGACCCACGUUAUCCUGCUGGCCUGCGGCAGCUUCAAUCCCAUCACUAAAGGGCAUAUUCAGAUGUUCGAAAGAGCCAGGGAUUAUCUGCACAAGACUGGAAGGUUUAUCGUGAUUGGUGGCAUUGUCUCUCCGGUCCACGACUCCUAUGGCAAACAGGGCCUUGUGUCGAGUCGGCACCGUCUCAUCAUGUGUCAGCUGGCUGUCCAGAAUUCCGACUGGAUCAGGGUGGACCCAUGGGAAUGCUACCAGGACACCUGGCAGACAACCUGCAGCGUGCUGGAGCACCAUCGAGACCUCAUGAAGAGGGUUACUGGCUGCAUCCUCUCCAAUGUCAACACACCAUCCAUGACACCCGUGAUUGGUCAGCCACAGCAUGAGAACACCCAGCCCAUCUACCAGAACAGCAAUGUGACCACCAAGCCUACUGCAGCCAAGAUCUUAGGGAAGGUGGGAGAAAGCCUCGGCCGGAUCUGCUGUGUACGCCCACCCGUGGAACGCUUCACCUUUGUAGAUGAGAAUGCCAACCUGGGCACAGUGAUGCGGUAUGAGGAGAUCGAGCUGCGCAUCUUAUUGCUGUGUGGUAGUGACCUGCUGGAGUCCUUUUGCAUCCCGGGACUCUGGAACGAGGCAGAUAUGGAGGUGAUUGUCGGGGACUUUGGGAUUGUGGUGGUGCCCCGGGAUGCAGCCGACACAGACCGAAUCAUGAAUCACUCCUCAAUACUCCGCAAAUAUAAAAACAACAUCAUGGUGGUAAAGGAUGACAUCAACCACCCCAUGUCUGUAGUCAGCUCCACCAAGAGCAGGCUGGCCCUGCAGCACGGGGACGGCCAUGUCGUGGACUACCUGUCACAGCCAGUCAUCGACUACAUCCUCAAGAGCCAGCUGUACAUCAACGCCUCGGGCUAGCGGACACCCAGCGCGCUGCUCUGCUCUCCCCGUGUCCUCUGCCAACACACUGGCCCCUCCAGUCACUGUUUCCAGUCACCCCGGUUUCUCUCCCGCCUCUCUGUUUCUCUGUCUUCACCUUGACUGUUCUCCCCACUGGCUGACUUAACCCCCACAGUGUGGGGGGCCUGCGAAGAACCGUGCCAUUCCCCAUUCCACAGUCAUCUUUGGACAAACUUUCCUGUAGUCUCCGGGUUGGGGGUGGGUAAGGGAACAGGGUGGGAGGUGGGGGAGUGCAGCCUUUGGAGAUGUACUGGUGUCCGUCUCCCAGCAUGCUCUAGAGAGGCGGCUCUGGUGCCCAUCCUCCCAGCAUGCUCUGGGAACGGGGCUCAGGCUCUCGCCUUCCCAGCAUGCCCUUUACCACAAAGGGCUAUUUUUUUUUUUCUUUUUUAUUUGUCCCCUUGUAGAACUUGGAUGAAAUCAGUGUGUGUGGUUUUUUUAUGUUUGUAGUUUUGAUGCUGUCCUGUGGUUUCCUUCCCUUCUGAGAGGACGCUAUAGCCAGUCUCAGUACUCGUUAAGUGCGUGAGGGCCACACCCAGGAAAGAAGGCAGAGCCAUUCUGCUUCUCCAACAUACAUACACACACUCCCACACGCACACAGGCAUGCACGCACGCACAUACACACACGCACACACACACACAUACCAGCAGCAGCAGCAGCAGCAGCAUCCCCAGGCCCCUCUGAUCAGGAAUACGACAUUCAGGUUCUGCAACCUGAUAGACAAGUCUGGGAUGAGUAGGAUUUCUCCGAAUUUGAGUCUCUGGCUUCAGGUGACCACGGUCCUGAUGCUGUGUCUCUGACUGGUGGCAUUGUGUUGGUUCCUCGCCAACCAGGCCUUUCCAGAGAGCAAAAGCCCUUGGAAGCCAUGGUAAGGCGUGUUUCUGCUGGUGAGAAGAAUCACACAAGCAACCAAGUUCUGAUAAUCCACUCAUUUCUUUUGAAAACAUGUUCAGAAUCCACCUGACCCGAGAGAUGCUUUGCUAAUUGGGAUUAUCUGUUACCCAUUUGGCUAGGAACUACAAGUCCAGGAUGAUCUGGGAGAAUGUGGUUUGUUACCCUGAGGAGAAUUCAUAAUCGUCCUCUCCCCCCCACUCCACCUGAGGUUGCCCAGCUGUACCCAAAGCCCUUGCUUUCUUGCAAAAUGACUAGCCCUUUUCCCCCUCGAGCUGGCCCUGUCUGUCUCCUGCAGAGCCCAGCAACAGCAGCCAAUGCCCUAAGAGGUCUGCCUGACACAAGUGGGUUCACAAACGAGCUGUCUCACCCAUUUCUCCCCAACGUCCUCCCCUUCUCUCUACCUCUGAAGACAGUUUGGAUAUUCAUGUCCUGCCUGGAGAGCUAGUAGGAAAUGACUUCUGUGUUUUGUGUUUCCCAUCCAGCCUCUGGCUCUUGGAUUUUUUUGGUGGUUCAUGGGGAAUGGCUCCUGAGUAUCAGGCUACUUUUAACUUCUAACAUGAGCAUGGCCCAAGUGGGACUGAAUUAGGGAUGAUGUUCUUUGCUUUGGGUUUCCCUCCAGCCCCCCCACCCCACCCCCGCCAACUCCAGGAAGAAGAAGUGGAAUCAACAGAAGCUGCAGAGCAGCCUGGAGCUGUGGUUCUUCUUUAGACUGUAGAGAUGACCUCCAGAGCGAGGAGGCCAUUUCUGUAAUCUGGAGGUCCAGUGUUUGGCUCGAAGUCAUGGAAAAACAGAAAAUCUGAAGAACACAUUGGGAGCAGAGACCCUGGGGAGUCACUGUCUGGUCCAGGAUCGCUCAGCACAUCCUGGGAAGUGUGAUGGGAAUGAAUGGUGUUUCCUAGACAAACGAAAAGCAGGAGCUGGAUUGCCUUGGGAAACAUGGCGUCUUGAAGGCUCUGGAGCUGACAAGGGUCCACAGGAGCAGACCUGAGAAAGACUACUAUUCUUAUGUUCUUUUGACUCGCUGUGCUCUUCCUCUGAACUCUGGACAAGCUUUACUUAGUCCUCAGCCUGUUAUAAGGAGCCAGGCUAGCCCAGCACCCUCAGGGGGCAACAGGUCAGAGCAGGGAAGGAAAGGGAGGUGGGCUAAGAGAACAGGCGCAGAAGUUCUUUUCUGGGAAGCGAGUGGGCAGAUUCUAUCUUGGUGAGGUGUGUUAGAAUGGUUUCCCUUUAAGAAAGAGAAGUGAGUCCCCUUCUGGUUGGAAAUCUCCAUUCACUUCCCUGUCUCUUUGUCCCUUUGUUGGAGCAAAGGUAGAACUCCCCCUCCACCCCCAGGCCCACACAGAGCAGAACAUGUGACUGUGACCGACCAACACCAGAAAAAGAUAGUUUUGAGUGGUCCUUCAGGUGUCAUCAGGGUAACUUUGGGGCUUUGACCUGUCUUUGGGGGACCCACUGCUUACAGUGAAGCCUAGCCCAUUACUGGCAUGGCCCAGAGACGGUGAUAAAGGCACACCCAUCAUUUGCUGCUGCCGGAGAAAAAAGUCCCCGCCAUUUUUUUUUAAGUGGCUGAUACAACAGGAGAAAAACUUUAAUAAUGCUCUCCUCAAGGACCGAGGCUGGGGGCCCCUGUGUUGCUAGUCUUAGUUAUACACUCCCAAUCACAGGUAGCCUCUGGACCCCUGGAUUUCAUCAUCUUUGAAAGUACGCUGGACCAGCAAAGGAAGUCUCUUACUGAAGUGACUGAAAUCACAGCUGAAGUUUUAGAGUCUUCCUGUUUUGGCAUGGCCACAUGUUCUAGUCUUGAGUUUCAGAACCUUUGAAGGAAUUAAUGAAGCCUCUAUUCAAAUAAGUAGGAAGUAAAACUUGAUAAUCGAACUGCAUCAAAAGCCAGAAGAUUACAGGGAGCCCAGAUCCGCUUACCCAUGCUGAUAUUCUCUCACACGCUUUUGGGGUACUAAGAGAGGCAUGUCCGUGUCUUUCUUGUUUCUAUUGGGAAAGUAAUGCAAUGCUGGUGUAGUGGCACAUGCCUAUGAUUCCUGCCCUGAGGGGUGGAGGCAGGAGGAUCAGGAGUUGAGGCUCAGCCACCGGGUCCAUAAGACCUUGUCUCAAAACAAAAAUAGCAAUGCAAAGACAGAAUACGGAAAGCUCAGGGUCUCCUCCCAGAUCACAGUGGGAGGGGCAGUGGGAGCGAUAAGGAGGAUGGAGAUGGGAUGAUUUUGUAGCUCAUGUAAUUAAGACAGCUUAUGGUAGUGUGGACAGGUAUGCUCCACCAUGCCGAUCCAACCUGCACCUUCCUGUGAGCCAGCUGGUGAAUUCAUGUCCUUCUGUGGUUUCUGUGUAGUGUGCAUUUGGAUGAGUCCUCGUGGCCUGUUCCGGUGAGUUAGAACUGAGUCACAGCCCUUUCCUAGCACCUUCAGUGGAGUCCCAGGGCCCACAGCUCAGCUUGAGCCUCAUGGGGUUGGAAUAGGGACGAGGAAAUUUUUCUUCUUUUUCUUUUCUUUCUUUCUUUUUUUUUUUUUUUUAAAUCAUAUCAUUGGCUAAUUUAAGAGUGAAAUUUACUUUAUGGAAGUCAACUCAUUAAUACAAACUGCAUUCGAGUUGCAAUGCCAUUUCACAGUGAAAUAUUUUUGAGUAGAGUUUCGUUGCUUGAAUAGUCACAGGCAAGGGUUUUAUCAGCAAAAUGUUCCAAUUAUGUUAAUAAAUUCGACAAUGCUACUAGA